GGUGUGUAUGGGACAGGUCCUCUUUGUUGUACAGGAUGGGUGUGUAUGGGACAAGUCCUCUUUAUUGUACAGGAUGGAUUUGUAUAGGACAGGUCCUCUUUGUUGCACAGGAUGGGUGUGUAUAGGACAGGUCCUCUUUAUUGUACAGGAUGGGUGUGUAUGGGACAGGUCCUCUUUGUUGUACAGGAUGGGUGUGUAUGGGACAGGUCCUCUUUAUUGUACAGGCUGGGUGUGUAUGGGACAGGUCCUCUUUGUUGUACAGGAUGGGUGUGUAUGGGACAGGUCCUCUUUAUUGUACAGGAUGGGUGUGUAUGGGACAGGUCCUCUUUGUUGUACAGGAUGGGUGUGUAUGGGACAGGUCCUCUUU